AUGGACGUGGCGCUGGCGCGGCAGCUCUUGUCCGAGGGCUUGGUGCUUGAGAGCUUGGACACCGAGGCGUUGGGGCCCUGGCGCGCACGGGUGGAGGCUUUGCGCCCCGCGGUGGCGGCAGUUUUGGCUGCGACGAAGGCGGCGCCGGCGGGGCCGGCGGCGGAGCCGCGGGGCGCGGCAGUGGCGCCGCUGCCGGGCAGGGGCCGGGCGCUGCUGGCGGGGCAGAGCCUCAAACGGGGCCAGGUGGUGUUGCGGGAGCAGGCGCUGGCGCGGGUGCCUCUGCCGAAAAAACUCGAUCUGCAUCCGCAGACGCAGCUGGCGCUGAAGCUCUGGGAGGCGGAGAGGAGUGACCAGCGGCUGAAGCAGACUGAGCUCCUGGACCACGGCAAGGACGCCGGCGCCCGGAAGCUGCGGGAGGUGAUCGCGGCGUGCUGCGCGCUGUGCUGCGACAGACCUCAGGAGGUGGAGUCUCUCUUCCGCUGGCUGGGACGAGUCCGGGUGAAUGCGGUGACGGUAUCCUGCCUCGUGGAGUCGGACGGCGAGAUGGAGCAUCAACAGGUGGCCCUGGCGCUGUACCCGGAAUUGGCCAGAAGCGUGAAUCACUCUUGCAGACCGAAUGCCAUCCUCCGCUUUGACUCCGAGGACUUGGUGGAGCUCGUGGUAAGCUCGCCCGUGCCAGCGGGUGAGGAGGUGAUGAUCUCGUAUGGUCCCACUGCGUCAACGAUGCCUCGAUCUAAAAGGCAGGCUGCAUUGCUGGCUGAGUACGGCUUCGAGUGCCUGUGCAGCGCCUGUGCCAGCGUGGCACAUGACGAGAACUUCCAGUGGAAGCUCAAAGCGCAGAUGCUGGACGACCGAGCUCGAGCGGCGGUGGGCCGUGCGGCUUGGCAGGAAGCUGCCAUCGCCUGCAGCGCGGCGGUGUCCAUGCUGCGCGAAGGCUAUCGAGAAGGCGACGUGGAGCUGGCACGAGAGGAGUGCAAGCUUGCCGGCCUGACUCUUCGGGCGGGCGAUACUGUGAGAGCGCGGGAGACCUGGGCAUCAGCCGCUGAAGUGCUGCGAGACUUAGUCUUCCCCAGUGACCCGGACUUGCAAGAGGCCGAGGAGAUGCUGCAACGCCUUCCGGCGGCGCAAACUUCCGCAGCGCAAACUUCCGCGGCACCAAAAGCGGCGGCGCCGGCGAAGCCGACGAGCGCUGCAACCUUCGCAGCUGCGGCCACGCGCUGCGAGGUGGCGGAGGCGAUGCAAGGCCUCAGGGACGCCAUUGAGCGGGCGGCUUGCCCAGCAGGCCCUUCACCUCGCCUGGAGCCGCAGGGAACCACGGUGACGGACAGCUUCACGGGCUCCAUACUCGGGCUGGAAACUCUGAACCUCUCAGCAGCGGAGAAGGCGAAGGUGCUGCACGCCAUGUCCGGGCUUGGAGCCCAAAAGGUCCGCUUCUGCGUCCCGCGCCGCGCCGACCUGGCCUCCGACACGGAGGAGGAGGAGGAGCAGGAACUGAAGGACUUCACCAGCAAGUCAGGCUGCUUUAUUCAUGUGCCCUGUGGGGACUUCUCGCGGAAAGAGCAGCUCUGCAAAAUGCUGCAGGAGGAUCCAGACUUUGAGGCCCCCUCCUCCUCUGCUGCCGGCAUCCUGGCGGAUGACGCGGAGCCCGAGCCGGGCGUCGAGCGCGCCUUGAAGAAGUACAAGUGGGCCUCGGUCACUUCGUCCUUCAUACCAGGUUACGGCCCGAGCAACGGAGGAGAUGACAUGUGGCGGUUGUUCUUUGACGACAACUUCUUGACCACGCAGAGCGAACCCAAUCGGGCUGCUCGCGCUCUCUUAGGCUACCGAGCGCUGGGCAGCUUUGUGGUCUCUUGCGUGAAUAGGAAGACCGGGCAAGAUCGACCCAUCAGCCGCAAGGAGGUGGCUGACCUCAUCAUGCGACGCCUGCAGGGGGGCGACGCAGAAAGGAUCACUCGGGAGAACGAAGACCAGAGGGCGCGCAUGGAGACAUUUUCUCAGCUCGGAGGCGAGACCAUUGAGCUCAAGGGCUAG